CAGUAAUUCUUGCCUGCAGAAUCCCAUGGACAGAGGAGCCUGGAGGGGCUCCAGUCCACGGGGGGUCGCCAAGAGUCCGAAAGGUAACAGUAAGAAGCCAUGAAACAGCUGUUCUACGGCUGGCGCUGCUGGCUGCCAGCAUCCCUGUGGUGCUUCUUUGGGAGCCUUCAGGGAACGUUCAUCACCAGGAACUCGAGACCCAACAUUGUCCUGUUCAUGGCGGACGACCUUGGGGUGGGAGAUUUAUGCUGCUACGGUAACAACUCAGUGAGCACGCCGAACAUCGACCGGCUGGCCAGCGAGGGCGUGAGGCUCACCCAGCACCUGGCGGCCGCCUCUAUGUGUACCCCAAGCAGGGCCGCCUUCCUGACCGGCCGCUACCCCGUCAGAUCAGGAAUGGCGUCCUCCUCCAACCUGAAUCGUGACGUGGUCUGGCUCGGAGGGUCGGGCGGCCUGCCCCCCAACGAGACGACGUUCGCCAAGCUGCUGCAGCAUCGAGGUUACCGCACGGGACUCAUAGGAAAGUGGCACCAGGGUCUGAGCUGUGCGUCCCGCGACGACCACUGCUUCCACCCGCUCAACCACGGCUUCGACUACUUCUACGGGAUGCCGCUGGAGCUCCGGAGCGACUGCCAGGCGUUCCACGCGCCCGAGCUGCACCGCCGGCUGAGGGUGCGGCUCUGGGCGACCACGGUGGUGCUGGCGCUCAUCCCCCUGCUCCUGCUGGUCCCCACCUGCGCCCGCUGGUUCCCGGUGCCCUGGCCGGUGACCCUGGCCUUCGCCCUGUUGGCCCUCCUGUUCUUCGUGUCCUGGUUCUCCAGCUACGGGCUCACGCGCCGCUGGAACUGCGUGCUCAUGCGGGACCACGAGAUCCUACAGCAGCCGGUCCGACUGGAGAGGCUCACCUCGCUGAUGCUCAAGGAGGCGCUGGCCUUCAUCGACAGGUAUAAGCGUGGACCAUUCCUGCUCUUCAUCUCCUUUCUGCAUGUCCACACGCCUCUGAUCACCAAGGAGAGAUUCGUCGGGCACAGUAAAUUCGGCUUGUAUGGCGACAACGUAGAAGAGAUGGAUUGGAUGGUGGGGAAGGUCCUGGAGGCCCUGGACCGGGAGCUCCUGGCCAACCACACGCUGGUCUACUUCACCUCGGACAACGGGGGCCGCCUGGAGGCACAGGACCGCAGCGGGCAGCUGGGCGGCUGGAACGGGCGCUACAAAGGAGGCAGAGGCAUGGGCGGAUGGGAAGGAGGCAUCCGGGUGCCUGGAAUUUUCCGGUGGCCAACAGUCCUGGAGGCGGGGAAGGUCAUUGACGAACCUACAAGCCUCAUGGACAUUUUCCCGACCCUGUCUUACAUUGGAGGAGGCAUUCUACCACCGGGCAGAGUGAUUGACGGCCGGAACCUCAUGCCGCUCUUGGAAGGCCGGGUCUCCCGCUCCGAGCACGAGUUCUUGUUCCACUACUGCGGGGCCUCCCUGCACACGGCCAGGUGGUAUCAGAAGGACUGUGCAACCGUGUGGAAGGUGCAUUUCGUGACGCCCAAGUUCUUCCCUGAGGGGGCGGGCGCCUGCUACGGGAGUGGAGCCUGUCCGUGUUCGGGCGACGUCACCUACCACGACCCUCCUCUGCUCUUCGACAUCUCGAGAGACCCUUCCGAGUCGAGGCCUCUCAACCCCGACAACGAAGCCUCGUUUGACUCCGUGGUGAAGAAGGUCGAAGCGGCUGUGAGGCGGCACCGUGGGACGCUCACGCCGGUCCCCCAACAGCUGUCCACGUUCAACAGCCUCUGGAAACCGUGGCUGCAGCCCUGCUGUGGGACCUUCCCCUUCUGUGGCUGCGACAGGGCGGACGACAUCGUGUCCGCCGCGUGGUGAGCAGAGAGGGGCUGCUUCUUACCCACCAGCAACACGCGGUUACCACAGCGCGCUCAGCUGGCCCGUCCAGUCCUCUGGGGGUCAAACACGAUGCCCUCUGUCAUGUUCCUUUUAAAUCCUCAGAUUUUACAUCUUUCCUCAAGUCACAGCCAGCAGCAUGGUGAAACAAAAGCAGAUCCGCAUACCCGUGAAACUAUGGAGCAUUCAUUUUACCUUUUUUCCCCCCAUUUAUUUUUAUUAGUUGGAGGCUAAUUACUUCACA